AUGACAACAGCUGCAGACCCACCCGACAUCAGCCAACUAUUUGCCUCAGUACAAAGUCAUCCAUUGCUAGCUCACCUCUCAUUCAACAACCUCGCCACCUUCCUUUGCUGUGCUAAGAUACUCAAGGAUGGCAUCCUCCAACCUCAGCCAUACAAUGUCUCCAUCUUCUGUGCCCCCAGUAUUCUUCCACAAAGUGUUACAGCCUUCCUUGCAGCCUCUCUUGACAUGUCAUUGGAUGUAGUUGGUGUCCUGUGGUCUUUUACAAAAGACAUUGUAUGGGAGCUCUUGAGCAGUGCUGAGGCAAGUGUGGAUGAUGAAGAUGCAUUUAGGACCUAUAGCCAUGAGCUAGGACUCAGUAAGGUUAAGAAGGAACCACAUCGCAUUGUUUUGUUCACUCACAGUGAGGGUGUGAAGCCUGGCUGGACAGUACACCUGAAAUGCCGAGAAUGCAAUACAAAUUAUCAGGCCAACUAUAGCGUUAAAGGUGCCUUCCAAACAUACUACCGAGGCAUGCCGCAGUACAUACAGGUCUCUGAUCAUCAGUUCAUUGAGCUACAGCUCACCAUGCACUGGAUGGAUCUGAUGCAGAUUGCUUACCUGCACGUAUCAGCUACAAACUGCACCAACCUAUAUGCAGUUGCCCAGACCUGUCGCAACCUUUGCAAGAAUGAUGAUCGCUGGCAGUUUGGCAAUGCUCUGACAACAGAGCAAGUCUGGGACUGUUUCAUGCUUCUUGCCCUGCUCGAUGAUCAUCAAUGA